CCGCGUUUGAAUUACUUUUUAUAUUUUAUUUCAACGAUCAUUUUACAAAAUCCAUUAUUCCUUUUAAUAUUUGGCAAUAGGUUAUUCUUUUAAUUUUAAGUUUUAUUCUUCCUGUCAUUUGUAUAAUAAUACGUCACCACGUUUUUUUAUUCAUACUGGGUUUUCAUCUAUAUUUAAUCCUUAUUAAUAAGUGUUAUAACAAUAACCUAAAAAUGUGCGCAAAAGUGGCAAAAAAAGUACCCAAGAAAAAAGGCAAUUUAUAUAAAAUGCCUGAUCCUAUACCCACCGGAACUAUAUUGUCCGAUAUUAAAGGGAAAAAAUGGAUUCUUGAUAAGUCAAUAGGUGUAGGUGGUUUUGGAGAAGUCUAUUCUGGUGCAGCUUAUGGAGACAAAGUUCCUAAAAAUUUUCCUAACGUAAUAAAAAUAGAACCUCACGAAAAUGGGCCAUUGUUUGUUGAAAUGCAUUUUUAUAUGAGACAAGCAAAGAAAGAAGACAUUCAAGCUUGGAAAACAAAAAAAAAGUUAUCGGUACUUGGUAUGCCCAAUUAUAUUGCCUCUGGAAGCCAUGAACAUAAAAAUGUUAAAUAUCGGUUUUUGGUAAUGGACAGAUAUGGUACUGACUUGUGGAAGUUAUUUAAACAAAAUAAACGAUUUCCAGAACAUACAGUAUAUAAAGUAGCUAUACAAAUAAUAAACGUAUUAGAAUACAUUCAUAGCAAAGCAUAUGUUCAUGCUGACAUUAAAGGAUCUAAUUUAUUAUUGAGUAUAAAGUAUCCAGAUCAAGUGUAUUUAGUAGAUUUUGGUUUAGCAACACGAUACACAACUAAAACAGAAUAUAAACCAGAUCCGAAAAGAGCACACGAUGGAACUAUCGAGUAUACUAGCAGAGAUGCUCACGUAGGUUUGCCUACAAUGAGAGGUGAUUUCGAAAUCUUAGGAUAUAAUAUAAUACAAUGGUUAUCCGGCGCUCUUCCGUGGGAUAAAAAUUCAGUACCACUCAAUCCAAAUGUUGUACAAAAAGAAAAAGAAAAAGCCUUUGAAAAUCUUCCAACAUUUUUGGAUCAAUGUUUUGAUGGCUUAACACCUGAACCAGUACUUAAAUACAUGAAGUUAUUAGAAGCAAUGAAAUUUAAUGAUACGCCAAAUUAUAAAAAAUUUAUUGAAAUUUUAACUAAUGGUUUGAAGAAAUUAAAUCAUACACCGGAUGGGAAAUUAGAAUUUACUAACACAUCUAAUCCAACUAAAAAAGCUGCCGUAUCUAAAUCUACUCCUAAGAAAAUAAAUAAAAUAGUUGGAAUAAAACGAUCAAGUCCGCGUGCGAAAACAGCAAGUCCUAUGAGAAAUAAUGCCCUAGAUGAUAGUAAUGUAGGUGUUGUAAUUGAUAAAAAACGUGCUAGAUUAGAUGAUUUAAAAAAGGCACUGAGCGAUAUUAAAUCUUCUGAUGAACCUGAUGAAGAAUAUGAUAUUAAGAUUAUUAAAAAAUCAAAGAUCAAAAAGAAGACACCUACAAAAGAGAAAACUAAAAAAGUGACUAAAACUAAAACAAAGAACUAUUAUUUUAAUGAUUCCGAAUCUGAUAGUGCGGAAAUUAUAUCAAAGGGAACUAAAUCAAGACCGGUAAAAUCUCUAAAGGAAAAUUCGAAACUCAAAACUACAAUCCAUUCUGAUACAUCAGAUGAAGAUAUGUUUCAAGAUUGAUUAAUGAUACUACAAUCAUUCAGUGUUAUAAAAAAUAUUGUUGUAAUACCCAUUUUCUAUAUUUAAUGUACAUACAUAAAUAUUUUAUAUACCCUUUGAAAUCAACAUAAUUUAUAAUUGAGAUGCUGCAAAAAUCAUAUUGUUUGCAAACUUAACAUAUUUGAAUUAUUUUCAUACAUAAUGUGAAUAAUGAAAGAAAAGAAGACUUUUUUUUAAUGUUGAUUACUAAAAAAAAAUGUAAAAAAAAAAAAAAAAGAAAAUUUCAUAUAAGCAUAUUUACAAUCAUUGCGUUGAAGUAUUAACUACUAUGCAGUCUAAAUUUCUUGAAAUAAAACAAAUUAAACUGUUAAGCGUUAUUUAAGAGUGAUAAAUAAAUAUCAAGUUUUGUUACU